GACUCCCCUUCACUCACAUCCUCAACCAAUGCUGCGUAAACGUAGAUCUCUGGCCUUUCGUGCAACUGAUAAAAUAGCUCUCGAUUCCAACCACUCCUGUUCAAGGACGACGCCAAAGUAAAUUACGCAUCGAAAGAAAACAACUCGAAAGCCUCGGACUAGUCCUUGUUCGAAGCGAAUAUUGUCUCACUCAACCACAUCUACGUCAACGCCUGUAGAAAUACACCAGUUUAAAUACAAUAUCGAAACCAACACCAAUUAACGCACCUGUCGAUAUCAGGACGAAUGUGCGAACUUCACCCCCUGAGAUGCACUACCUGCAAGCACGUUUGGACGGCCCAUAAGAAGCUAGCUAGCUGCGAGAGCCAGGAUGAUAACGCUCUGUGUCCGAAGAGUCUCCGUUUGUACGUCGGGAACCCGAGGAAGCCAACCAAGAGCGAGUGCGAUCGAUGUCGAGAGUUUAGGGAGAUGAUGGAGAGUUUGGAGGAGGAUAAUGAAGGCUGAUUAGCCGUAGCCUUGCGAUCGAACACUAUAGACACGGGACGAUAUUUAUGGUGAUAGUGUGAAGGCCAAGAAGAGGGCAUAAUCCAAGCUUUGACUAUGUUUGAAGAGGCAUAGUGGGAAACAAUGUCAGAGUAUACGUAAUUAGAACUGUGGGAAGUUAAGCAAUACAUGGUAAUGUGGAAG